UCGGGGCCGUGGCGCGGCCGCUGCGGCGCCGGCUGCUGGGCGGGCGCUGAGGGAGCCCCGGGGGCGGCGCGGCCGGGCCUCCAGGCUUUUCUUCUGCAGCCGGGAGGACGCGGCUGGGGCACGAAGACCUUGUGUGGACAGUAAUGACCUCACGUUUCCGAUUGCCUGCUGGCAGAACCUACAAUGUACGAGCAUCAGAGUUGGCCCGAGAUAGACUUCAUACAGAGGUGGUUUGCAACAUCCUUCUUCUGGAUAACACUGUACAGGCUUUCAAAGUUAAUAAACAUGAUCAGGGGCAGGUUCUGUUGGAGAUGGUCUUCAGGCACCUUGAUUUGACUGAGCGUGACUAUUUUGGUUUACAGCUGGCUGACGAUUGCACAGAUAACCCAAGGUGGCUGGAUCCAAACAAACCAAUAAGGAAGCAGCUAAAGAAACUGCUUUUAUUAAUUCUAGGAGGAUCUCCUUACAGUUUGAACUUUAGAGUCAAAUUUUUUGUAAGUGACCCCAACAAGUUACAAGAAGAAUAUACAAGGUACCAGUAUUUUUUGCAAAUCAAACAAGACAUUCUUACUGGAAGAUUGCCCUGUCCUUAUAACACUGCUGCUCUUUUGGCUUCAUUUGCUGUUCAGUCUGAACUUGGAGACUACAAUCAAUCAGAAAACUUGCCAGGCUACCUCUCAGAUUAUUCUUUCAUUCCUAAUCAACCUCAAGAUUUUGAAAAAGAAAUUGCAAAACUACAUCAGCAACAUACAGGCUUAUCUCCUGCAGAAGCAGAAUUUAAUUACCUGAACACAGCACGUACCUUAGAACUCUAUGGAGUUGAAUUCCACUAUGCAAGGGAUCAAGGUAACAAUGAAAUUAUGAUUGGAGUGAUGUCAGGAGGAAUUCUGAUUUAUAAGAACAGAGUACGAAUGAAUACCUUUCCAUGGUUGAAGAUUGUAAAAAUUUCUUUCAAGUGCAAACAGUUUUUUAUUCAACUGAGAAAAGAAUUGCAUGAAUCUAGAGAAACGUUAUUGGGAUUUAACAUGGUGAAUUACAGAGCAUGUAAAAACUUGUGGAAAGCAUGUGUAGAACAUCACACAUUCUUCCGUUUGGACAGACCACUUCCACCUCAAAAGAAUUUUUUUGCACAUUAUUUUACAUUAGGUUCAAAAUUCCGGUAUUGUGGGAGAACUGAAGUCCAGUCAGUUCAAUAUGGCAAAGAAAAGGCAAAUAAAGACAGGGUGUUUGCAAGAUCCCCAAGUAAGCCCUUGGCACGGAAAUUAAUGGAUUGGGAAGUAGUAAGCAGAAAUUCACUAUCUGAUGACAGGUUGGAAACACAAAGCCUUCCCUCGCGAUCCCCACCUGGCACUCCUAAUCAUCGAAAUUAUGCAUUCACGCAAGAGGGAGCCAGGUUACGGCCGUCUUCAGUGGGUCAUUUGGUCGGCCACGCGGCUCACUGCUGCCCAGGCGAGGCGUUCGUGAGGCAUCGGUCUCCGUCUUCCACGCAAGCCAACAGCGUUGUUUUGGAAUCAUCUCCAUCACAAGAGACCCCUGGAGAUGGGCAGCCUCCAGCUUUACCACCCAAACAAUCAAAGAAAAACAGUUGGAACCAAAUUCAUUUUUCACAUUCUCAACAAGAUCUGGAAAACCAUAUUAAUGAAACAUUUGAUGUUCCAUCUUCCCCUGAAAAAGCUACUCCUAAUGGUGGUAUUCCACAUGACAAUCUUGUCCUAAUCAGAAUGAAACCUGAUGAAAAUGGAAGGUUUGGAUUCAAUGUAAAGGGAGGAUGUGACCAGAAGAUGCCUGUGAUCGUGUCCCGAGUUGCGCCAGGAACACCUGCCGACCUGUGUGUCCCUCGACUGAACGAAGGGGACCAAGUGGUGCUGAUCAAUGGCCGGGACAUCGCGGGACACACCCACGACCAGGUGGUCCUGCUCAUCAGAGCGAGCUGCGAGGGACGCUCGGGGGGGCUCGCCCUGGUCGUUCGACCCAACGCUGUGUAUGAUGUAGUGGAAGAAAAGCUAGAGAAUGAGCCGGACUUCCAGUACAUUCCUGAGAAAGCCCCACUAGAUAGCAUCCAUCAGGAUGACCAUUCCCUGCGGGAGUCGAUGGUCCAGCUGGCUGCGGGGCUUAUCACUGGAGCAGCGCUGACACAGUUUGAUCAACUAUAUCGGAAAAAACCUGGAAUGACAAUGUCUUGUGCCAGAUUACCUCAGAACAUUUCCAAAAAUAGAUACAGAGAUAUUUCGCCUUAUGAUGCUACACGGGUCAUUUUAAAGGGUAAUGAAGACUAUAUCAAUGCAAAUUAUAUAAAUAUGGAAAUCCCUUCCUCUAGAAUGAUAAAUCAGUACAUCGCUUGCCAAGGGCCAUUGCCGCACACCUGUACAGACUUCUGGCAGAUGGUGUGGGAACAAGGCUGCUCCACGGUCGUGAUGCUGACCACACAGGCCGAGCACGGCAGAGUUAAGUGUCACCAGUAUUGGCCGGAACCUACAGGAAGUUCAUCCUAUGGGUGCUACCGAGUCACCUGCCACUCAGAAGAAGGGAACACUGCAUAUGUCUUCAGGAAGAUGACACUGUUUAACCAGGAGAAAAAUGAGAGUCGUCAACUCACUCAGAUCCAGUAUAUAGCCUGGCCCGACCACGGGGUCCCUGACGAUUCCAGCGACUUUCUGGAUUUUGUUUGCCAUGUACGAAAUAAGAGGGCCGGCAAGGAAGAACCUCUUGUUGUUCAUUGCAGUGCUGGGAUUGGAAGAACCGGGGUUCUUAUUACCAUGGAAACAGCCAUGUGUCUCAUUGAAUGCAAUCAGCCAGUUUAUCCACUAGAUAUUGUGAGAACAAUGAGAGAUCAGCGAGCCAUGAUGAUCCAAACUCCUAGUCAAUACAGAUUUGUAUGUGAAGCUAUUUUGAAAGUUUAUGAAGAAGGAUUUGUUAAACCUUUAACGACAUCAUCAAAUAAAUAAGAAAGCAAAGGUCUGGGAUAUGUGUUGGAAAACUGCUUUCCAUUAUAUUCACUGUGCCAUAAUACUGCUUGCAGGAAAUGGCAUCUAAACAGACAAAAAAAAAAAAAAAAAUGAAGAACUAACAAAAACUGAAAACUUCAGCACUGUUGCACUUUAUGUUUCAAAAAAGAGUCACUGUCUCAAAAUCUGUAAUUCAUGUGUUUGAAGACUCUUUCAUGCUUUGCUCCGAACAAAUAGUGAAUAACUGAGUAUGUUCAGGGUAAUUUACGAAAUCUUGUGGUGGUGCCAUGCAGUCCCCUUCUGGUAGAAUUGCCACAAAACAAGGCUCAGAAUUCUCAUCGUCUCUGUUGUACACCUGUAUCUGGAAAGCAAAAAGACGUCAACAUCAGGAGUCUGGUGUUUCCCAGUGAUUCAUGUUCUUACUAUACUGGUUGCCAGAUGUUACUUUUUCAAUGUUAGCAAUAUCAUUCUCAAUAUUAGCCACUACACUGCCUAUGGAUGCAGCACACAUCUUUCCCUACCCUUCCCCCCCUAGAGACCUGCUGUUUGGAAGAAGGAAGGUGGAAUUUGCUUUUCCCAGGAAAUGCUGCACAUUGUCCAUUUACCAGCAUCUUAUAGAAAGUAUAAAUAAGAAUCUACAAAUUUUCUUGAAUUUAAUAAUGUAACUUAUAGUUAUCAUAAGGUUGGCUUAUUCCAAAUCAUGUGACUUCACAUACUUGAUGUAAAGGAAUGCAUGCGUUGUGUCUUAACCCCUUAAGUGCCUUGAGACGUCUUUGUAUGUCUGAUGAAAAGGCACUCCUCCUUUGACCCCACUAGGAGGUAUGUAUGUAUAGUGUACAUUUACAGUUUUAUGCAUUUUGAAUCAGUUCACAUUUUUAAAAAUAGCUUCCCAUAUUGAGAGUUAUGCAGUCAAAGAAGAGUAAUGAAAUUCUAUUUCUUACUCAGUUCCUGUAUUUUGCCACAAGAAGCCAAGAUACUUUGUGUUCUACUGAGUGAACGCUCUGCUGCUAUGGAAUUAUUCAAAACCUGCACAUUCCUUUCCUGAGGGUCAGGGGUUACACUUUAGCAGCUGAAGUCAAAAGAUGCUUUAUUCUUCAAAUUUCUUAUUUAUUUUACCCCUGACUUUAGAAAUAGCAUCCACUAUACACAUUAAACAUACAGAAACUCUAAACUAAAGUUGGAGCAGCUAAUUGUGACUUGUUUCUAUCACUAAGUAAACGAUCAGCAUUCAUUUCAUUUCUUACCAAGCUUGGUUCACACUGGUCUGUUGGUUGGGAGACCACAAACGAGGGCUGAAACGUCAUUGAGUGUUUCUAAUUGUAAUCCCUCAGUAGCUGAAAUGAGGGCUUUCUUGUCAUUUUUGUGUACAAUGAAGUUGCUCCAGUUUAUAUAUACUUAUUAAGUUAUAAGCAUGUUAAUAUGGAGAGUUUUGAUUGUCCAGCCUGAUGGAGGACCUAAUUCCCUUUAAGGAUGUGUAUAUUCUCCUCUUCAGGUUUUUUAAUUUUUAAGUCCUCAGAGAGAUAGAACUUUGAAAUUGCCCAAUUUUAAUAUAAGUGGAAAUUUUCUCAGCUAUUGAAAUGUUAUAUUACACAAUUACUUUCUAUGGAUUAUGGUUAAAAUAGAUUCACUUACUAGUGGUUUCUGAAUAUUUCUGUAUAGUCUUGAUAAAAUUUACAGUUGAAUGGUAGAUAUUUUGGAAUGUCAUUUAGUGUGAGCGGGAGAAUGUACAUUUCUAAAUCUUCAGUAUAAUCUAAAUGAUGUUAUUUCAAAUAUUCAAAAUCCAUAAUAGUAAAUUUUAGGAAGUUAAGUCCUAAACAUUAAUAGCCAAGAUACCAAAUACAUUAUUGUAUUAAAAUAUUUUACCUUUUUUUAAAGAGAAAAGUAAGCAUGACCUUUAUGUCAAAGAGAAAUUCUUGUAUCUAUUUCUGAAUUUCACAGUCAAGACAGUAUAAGAUAGUAAAUUUUUUGAACAUUCCGCUCUUUGCCAGCAGAUAGAUGUGAUUCAGGCUGCUGUACGACACCAUGGUGAGUUGAAAAGUGAAAGAAUAAAAUAUCAGGGAUCUAAGAAUUAAUAACUGUUUUGGCAGUAGUUUUUCACCUGAAUUAAAAUGAAAACCGGGGCUUCCCUGGUGGCGCAGUGGUUGAGAGUCUGCCUGCCGAUGCAGGGCAUGCGGGUUUGUGCCCCGGUCCGGGAGGAUCCCACAUGCCGCGGAGCGGCUGGGCCCGUGAGCCAUGGCCGCUGAGCCUGCGUGUCCGGAGCCUGUGCUCCGCAACGGGAGAGGCCACAACAGUGAGAGGCCCGCGUACCGCAAAAAAAAAAAAAAGA